AGAGUUGAAGGCAAACAUAUAUUGUUUUGAUAAAACUCACUGUAUUUGUGGCCAGAAAGUACUCAUGAUGACAGAUAUAUCCAAAACCACUUGCCAUAAUACACCUGGUCUUUUACUUGAUUUUCAACAACUACUAGGAUGAUGACAUCGUUUCUUCUCAAUUUCUAAAUAACAGAUAGAAAUAGAAAAUUGUACGUAUAGGGCUGAGAGACUCUAGGGUGUUCUACGAUAACAGUCUAUCUGGUGUGGUGCACAUAGGAUUGACGAUAUGGUUGUUGGUCACCCUGUUAGUAGUAGCUUCUAAAGUACGUAAACUUAAAAUGUACCAUUAGGUGUACCGGACACACCUGUGCUUUUAUUUAAUGUCAUAAAUAAUUUCACCUUGUAGAUUAGAAAGUUUUGACUUUUUUAUCAUUUUUAAUGAAAUUUGCCCAUAGCCACAAACCACAUGACACGUGGAUGUUUGUAUUAGUUCUUUUGGUUGGAAGAAGAAGUAAAGGUAGCGAAAACAUAAGUGGAGAGAUACAUUUAAAAUGUACUUUUUAAUAAUACUUUCAGGGGUAUUCUUUGCGGAAUGUUCCGCACAACAGCAGUUUCCUGACUGUAACCAGGCCGAUAAUGGGACGUUGACUGCCCAUCCUAACUGUAGAAUGUACUACGAGUGUCAGAGUAACGUGGCUUUGGAGAGAACAUGCCCAAAUUCACCAGAACAAUUGUACUUUGACGAUAUUUUGGGAACAUGCAACUAUCUUGCGGCCGUGGACUGUUCAGAUCGUGUGUGUCCGAGAAACCUAAUGUCAAUUGAAUAUUCUGUGUCUGUUCAUAACAUCGGAGGAAACUUCGGCACCUGGAUGAAGGAUGAAGAGCUAGCGGGCAGUGGGACCAAAGUCUGGGUGAUGCACGGGACCAACAAUAACCUACUCGACGAGUAUAACUCCGAGUAUGAUUUCCAAACGAAUAACCUUAAUAGGACAAUCACCCUUCCGUAUAGUUGUGAGGGGACAGGUCACACCGUAUAUUCCAACAACUUUUAUUGUCAGGUGUACGCUUCACGUUACCUGGGAAAGUAUGAUCUCUCAACCGGUAUGUACACCUGGGUUGAACUUCCUACCCUUGGCCAAAGUCUCUACGAUGAAUAUCAAUGGGGUUACCUAAAUGACGUUUCCGGUACAGCGUGGGGUAACGGAAGUUUUGUUGAUUUCGAGGUUGAUGAGUACGGACUCUGGGUUAUCCAUUCCGACUUAUCCAACAAUCACAAUAUUAUAAUUUCGCGCGUCGACGUCAACUUGGUCGUCAUCGAGUCGUUCAACACCAACUUCCCAAAAGUAGAUGCUGGGAAUGCUUUCAUGAUAUGUGGCCGUCUGUACGUGAUCAAUUCGUGCAUCGGAGAGGUGACGUACAUUCGUUACAUCUACGACACGACCGACCAAACCGAGACCAAUCUCCUCCCGACUACCAUACCUUUUCCGUCUGUUCAGCGAAGCUGUAGCAUCGGGGACACUUGCCCUACUUAUACUAACGCUUUCAUUACGGGACUGGACUUUGCUGUUGCCGAGAAGCCAGACGCCGUGUUGUAUGCCUGGAAUUGUAAAUAUCAAGAAGUCUACAAACCAGUUUUUAAUUAGAAAAUUUUCCUUUGAAACGAGGAAUAUACUUGAAACUCAACUCAAUUUAAAGAUAUAGUCUACAUAAAUCAUAUAAUGAAUUCAUUUGUAUUGUUUUUGAAGAAUAAAACAGUCAUUGUGUGGCAUAACCUAUUUCAUUUUUCAUGUAGAUCUAGAAUGAGUAGAAAAAUUAGUAGAACACAAAUAUGUGCGAAGUAAAUGUAGAGGAUUUUUCGCGGUACUUCUCCCGGCCAUUUUAGAUCAGAGAUAUCCUAUUAGUAUACUUUUCAAUUUUUUUUAUCUAGUUUUAUGAUUUUCCCAAGAGUUUUACCAAAAAUAUUGUGACAAAAAUAUAAAAUUA